CAGAAUCUCAAUUCGGAAAUGACUUCAGAGAACUUGUCUCCCGUCAAGCCGAGGUACACGAGACCAGAGCACUCUCGAGUUUUCUGCGCUCAAUGUGACAUCCAUACCGAAGGGUUUCGAGGCGAGCACGAACUCCGGAAGCGCGUUGAUAGAGAGCAUCCAAACCCUGUCACGAAGUGGGUUUGUAUCGAGUCAACCAAGCCAGGUCAUCCUAUACCCGUGCUACCGUUUUCGAAGUGCAAAGCAUGCCUUCAGCAGAAGCAAUACGGCCCCUAUUACAACGCAGCAGCACAUCUGCGACGUGCUCAUUUCAGACCGAAGUUACCCUCCCAAAGUAAGAUAGGUGGUGGAGAAGCCAAACGAGGUGGGAAGAGAGGAGUCGUAGAAGCGAAUGGUGCCUCAGGAGGAGGGGAUGCUGGUUCCUUCUGGAAGGAAACCUGCGAAGUCUAUUUCAAGGGCUGAGAUUGAGGGGGGUGGAUUGUGGUUCAGGCUGUUGAUGAGGAGCGGAACGGGGAGGGUGGGUGCCUACGCUAUGGUUGUAGCAGUGUUGUUGCUGGAGUAUUGGAAACAUUGAAGGGAUUGAGUGAAAGCAAAUGGAGGUCAAUACGUAUAAAAUUCGAGCUGUGUUGCAU